AUGACGGAAUUCCAUGAUACAGAAUAUCAAAGCUUUGGAAAUGAACCGGAAGAUUUAAGGGAACUCACUCAACGAAAGAGGGAAAGAGUAUCCUAUUAUUCAAAUAGGUAUUUUAAACCUAGUAUAAUAUUAAUACUCCUUAUUUGGGGAUCAUAUCUGUUAAUAAACACUGUUGAAACUUUCUACAAUACAAAUAAGUCGAAGGAAAAAUUGGAUACUCCAAACAGUUACAAGUUACCUAAUUCUUUGGUUACUGAUAAUGGGCAGCUAAAAGUAAAUUUUAAUAAUGUUAGGAAUAAUACUUUUGUUCCAGAAUUUCAUUCAUUACAAUGGAUAAAAAAUGAUGUUACAUCUGAUAAUUUAGACAUGGGCUUAUAUAUGACGUACAUUGAUGAGAAAUAUUUAAUUAAAUCGGUGUAUGAUAAGGAAUAUGAAAAGGUUUUGUUUCAUGGUAAGAAAUUUGAAUAUGAUGGGAAGUCGAUUGAUAUAGAUUCUAUUAUUGCAUCAUCAAACCUGAAAUAUUUGAUAAUAAAGGCAAAUGUUAUUUCAAAUUGGAGACAUUCGACACUCGCUACUUAUUUCGAGUAUGAUAUCAAAAAGAAAAGUAUAAAACUUAUAGGCGAUAAUAUUUCAUUUGUUGAAUGGUCACCAAAUUCGAAUGAAAUUGCAUAUGUUCAAGAUAAUGAUAUUUUUAUAUAUUCUAUUGCAGAAAGCAAAACGAUUAUUAGAGUAACUGCUGAUGGCAAUACCCAAAUAUUUAACGGGAGACCAGACUGGGUCUAUGAGGAGGAAGUUUUAGAGAAUGAUAAAGCUCUUUGGUGGUCUGAGAAAGGUGAUUAUCUAAGUUUUUUGAAAAUUGAUGAGACAAAUGUAAACGAAUACACUAUACCUUAUUUUGUUCAAGAAGCAUCAUUAAAUUUGGUUAGCCCUUAUCCAGAAAUGAGAUCGAUUAAAUACCCAAAGAGUGGAACCCCAAAUCCAACAGUUGAUGUUUGGAUUUUUAAACGUCAAGAUCGGACUAGUUAUCCUGCAAAAAUAAGUUCAGUUAUUCGAGACUCUGCAGAUACUGAAAUUAAGGCACUUAAAUGGGAAUCUUUAUUAGUUACAGAAGUUGUUUGGAUUGGAAAUACUCAUGUUUUGAUUAAGACUUCGGAUAGAUCUUCUGAAGUAUUAACCAUUCUAUUAAUUGAAGUCGAAAAUCAAAAAACAAUAAUAACACGCCAAGAUACUUCAAUUGAUGGUUGGUGGGAGAUUAGUCAUGACCUAUUGUAUGUAAGUAGUGAUGCAUCCAAAAAUAGAACAUCAGAUGGUUAUAUUGAUUUGUAUCCAGUAGAUGGGUAUAAUCAUUUAGCCUACUUCUCACCGGCAAAUUCUUCAGAACCAAUUGCUUUAACAAGAGGUGAAUGGGAAGUUGUUAAAGGACCAGCUACAUUUGAUCCUGAAACAAACGAUGUUUACUUUAUAGGUACUAAAAAAUCAUCAAUGGAAAGACAUUUAUACAAGGUAAAUCUUCAUAAUCCUGAAAAAGUGACUGAUAUCACAAAUACAACGGAAGAAGGAGUUUAUUCUGUUUCCUUUUCUACCGGCUCUCGUUUUGCUUUAUUAAGUUAUAUGGGACCAAAUAUUCCAUAUCAAAAAAUUGUUGACUUCAAAUCUUCAAAUUAUGAUGAUAAAAAAGUUAACAGUUCUUUUCAACCGGGGGAAACUUUAUAUUAUCUAGAAACUAAUGAAAAAUUAGCAAAACGUAUGGAGUUAUAUUCUGUCCCAGCAAGGACUUUUAGGGAAUUGAAUAUUGGUGAAGAUAACGAUGGUAAUGAUAUUUUGGUUAAUUCAUACGAAAUAUUACCAGAUAAUUUCGACCCUGAAAAGAAAAACUAUUAUCCUGUUUUCUUUUAUGCUUAUGGUGGCCCAAAUUCACAACAAGUAGUCGAAUCAUUUGCAGUAGGUUUUAAUGAAGUUGCUGCUGCUCAAUUGGAUGCCAUUGUGGUUGUGGUUGAUGGACGUGGAACAGGAUUCAAAGGGGGGAAAUUCAGAUACCUCGUACGUGAUAAUUUGGGAGAUGUUGAAGCACAAGAUCAAAUAUCAGCUGCCAAGUUGUAUAGUAAAAAACCAUAUGUUGAUGCAGAGAAAAUAUCUUUGUUUGGUUGGUCGUAUGGAGGUUAUCUUACUUUGAAGACAUUAGAAAAGGAUGCCGGUAAAUAUUUUAAAUAUGGUAUAUCAGUUGCUCCUGUUAUCGAUUGGAGAUUUUACGACUCGGUGUAUACAGAGAGAUAUAUGCAUACACCACAGGAAAAUGACAUUGGUUACCAAAAAUCAAAAGUUUCAAACGUGACCGCGAUUGGAGAAAGUCAAAGAUUCUUAUUGAUGCAUGGUACAGGUGAUGAUAAUGUUCACUUCCAAAAUAGCAUGAAGUUUUUGGAUUUACUUGAUAUUAACGAAGUAGAAAAUUAUGAUGUUCAUGUUUUUCCUGAUUCAGAUCAUAGUAUAAGGCAUCAUAAUGCGAAUGAUAUGCUAUAUAACAGAUUAUUAAACUGGGUAAAAUUGGCUUACACCGAUCGUUUCCACAAGGAUACUCUAAUUUUUCAAAAAUAG